AACGCCAGCAGACAGCCGGCGCCAACCCAAAACAAAACAAAAAGCCCCAGCAGCAAACCCCACCAAAUCCACGCCAUUUCCAUCCAUCGGACUCCCCGAGGCCCGCCGCCUCGCCUCGCCGCACCACCGCCAACGCCGUCGCCGACGACCGCCGAGCCGAACCCAAGGAUGGGGCGGAAGCGCGCGGUGCUGGUGGGCAUCAACUACGCGGGCACCAAGGCGGAGCUCAAGGGCUGCCACAACGACGUGGCCCGCAUGCGCCGCUGCCUCGUCGACCGCUUCGGCUUCGAAGACGCCGGCAUCCGCGUCCUCUCCGACGCCGACCGGGCCGCGCCGCAGCAGCAGCCCACGGGCGCCAACAUCCGCCGCGAGCUCGCGCGCCUCGUCGCCGACGCGCGCCCCGGGGACUCCCUCUUCUUCCACUACAGCGGCCACGGCACGCGCCUGCCGGCCGAGACCGGCCAGGACGACGACACCGGCUUCGACGAGUGCAUCGUCCCCUCCGACAUGAACCUCAUCACAGACCAAGAUUUCACAGAGCUCGUGCAGAAAGUCCCAGAUGGCUGCCUGUUCACCAUAGUCUCUGACUCUUGCCACAGCGGUGGCCUGCUUGACAAGGCCAAGGAGCAGAUUGGCCACAGCACAAAGCAGAACAAGGCGCAGCAAGGCAAACGGGAAGAGCGGUCUGAUUCCGGCUCGGGCGGCUUCCGGUCGUUCCUCAAACAGACCGUCCGGGACGCGUUCGAGUCCCAAGGAGUCCACUUCCCUCGCCGCGGCGGCCAGCAGAGCAGCUACGACGACGACGACGCUGAGGCCGAGGCGCCGAGCCUGGACUCAGGCACAGACGGGCACGUGAAGAACCGGUCGCUGCCCCUCUCGACAUUCAUCGAGAUGCUCAAGGAGAAGACGGGGAAGGAGGACAUCGAGGUGGGGUCGAUCCGGAUGACGCUGUUCAACGUCUUCGGCGAGGACGCGAGCCCCAAGAUCAAGAAGUUCAUGAAGGUGAUGCUGGAGAAGCUGCAGCAGGGGCAGCACGGCGGCGUGGUGGGCCUGGUGGGCGCGCUGGCACAGGAGCUGCUGAGGGCCAAGCUGCAGGGCAAGCAGGAGGAGCUGAAGCCGGCCAUGGAGCAGGAGGUGCACGGCGUGGAGGAGGUGUACGCCGGGACGGCGGCGAGGGCGCCCCACAACGGCGUCCUCAUCAGCGGGUGCCAGACCGACCAGACCUCGGCGGACGCGACGACCGCCAAGGGCCUGUCCUACGGCGCGCUCAGCAACGCCAUCCAGGCCAUCCUCGCGGAGAAGGACGGCAAGGUGAGCAACAAGGAGCUGGUGCUGAGGGCGCGCGGGCUGCUGUCCAAGCAGGGGUACAAGCAGCAGCCUGGGCUCUACUGCAGCGACAGGCACACCGAGACCCGGACGCCAUGUGUUGCUAAGAUUGGACUGUUUGAUGUUUCAUCUCAGAAUAACAAUCACAUGCUCUCAGACCAAGAUUUCACGGAGCUGGUGCGGAAAGUGCCCGAUGGCUGCCUCUUCACCAUGGAGCAGACCGGCAAGGACGACGUCGGCGUGGGCUCCAUCCGGACGACGCUGUUCCACCACUUCGGCGACGACGCCACGCCCAAGAUCAAGAAGUUCGUCAAGGCCGUGGUGGGCGGCAACGGCAAGCUCCGGCAUGGCGCUGAUCAGGCCGCCACGGUCACGGAGCUGAUCCCGAAGGCCAAGCCGGAGGGCGGGGGUCAGGCCGGCGCGCUCGGGCCAGCCAUGGAGCAGGAGGUGUGGAGCGUCGAGGAGGUGUACGCGGGGGCCACGGCGAAGGUGCCGCCGCCACGCAACGGCGUCCUGAUCAGCGGGUGCCAGACGGACGAGUCCUCGGCGGACCUGACCACGGCCAGCGGCGUGUCCUACGGCGCGCUCAGCAAUGCCAUCCAGGCCGUCCUCGCGGAGGAGAAGCGCGGGAAGAAGGUGACCAACAGGGAGCUCGUGCAGAGAGCGCGCGGGCUGCUGGCCAAGCAGGGCUACGUCCAGCAGCCUGGCCUCUACUGCAGUGAUGAGCACGCUGAUGCUGCCUUCAUUUGCUGAUUGGUGAAGCAUCACAUCGGUCGUGCUGUGCUGUGUGUCGACUAACCGUGUAUUUGCGCAUUUGCGCCGUGUGCUGAUUGCUUUUUGUGCUGCGGCAAUGGUUCAAAUUUUGGUUUCCCUCAUAUUUGGGCACCUUUGACAUGA